GAUUCCUGCUGGGGCCCAGGUAGUGACUGCAGAGCUGGGGUAGCCGCUCUGCUCCGGAGCUUGCAAUGACAUUGACAGCCAUUUCCGUUUGCUGGCACUGAGCUGCCUUCUGUGUGCUGAAGUAUAACCAAGGUGACGAGUACUGCUUUGUGGCCAAGAUGUGGCAGUCUGUGUCUGCCCUGUGUGUCCUGGUGACCCUCGUGAGUGCCCGCAGCGUCCCCUACUUUGCUCCCCUCUCGCACGAUUUGGUCAACUACAUCAACAAACUCAACACUACAUGGCAGGCUGGGCACAAUUUCCACAAUACUGACAUGAGUUAUGUGAAAAAACUGUGUGGCACGUUCCUGCAUGGGCCCAAACUGCCAGUGAGGGCAGCGUUUGCUGGAGACGUGAACUUGCCGGACAGCUUUGACUCCCGGGAACAGUGGCCGCAUUGUCCAACCAUUAACGAGAUCCGAGAUCAGGGGUCCUGCGGCUCUUGCUGGGCGUUUGGUGCGGUGGAGGCCAUUUCAGACAGAGUCUGCGUGCACACCAACGGCAAGAUAAACAUGGAAAUCUCAGCGGAAGAUCUGCUGUCUUGUUGUGGCUUCAAGUGUGGGAUGGGGUGUAAUGGCGGCUAUCCUUCUGGAGCGUGGGGAUACUGGACUGAAGAAGGCCUGGUGUCCGGCGGGCUCUAUGACUCCCACGUGGGCUGCAGACCAUACUCCAUCCCUCCAUGCGAGCACCACGUCAAUGGGUCACGACCCUCGUGCACUGGGGAGCAAGGAGACACCCCGAGGUGCGACAGACACUGUGAAGCAGGCUACUCGCCUUCAUAUGAGAGUGACAAACACUUUGGUGCUACAUCUUACAGUGUCCCUUCCAGCGAGGAGGAGAUAAAGGCUGAGAUCUACAAGAAUGGCCCAGUAGAGGGAGCAUUUGCCGUGUAUGAAGACUUCCUCAUGUACAAGUCUGGUGUUUACAAGCAUGUCUCCGGAGGAGAGGUUGGUGGCCAUGCUAUCAGAAUCCUUGGCUGGGGUGUAGAAAAUGGCACUCCCUACUGGCUGGCUGCAAACUCCUGGAACACUGACUGGGGUGACAAUGGUUUCUUUAAAAUCCUCCGAGGGCAGGACCACUGCGGAAUCGAAUCCGAGAUAGUGGCUGGCAUCCCCAAAACAGAACUGUACUGGAAGAGGAUCUAACCCCUGGCUUGGGUGCAACUGAAGAGAUCAAACUACAAAUAAUCACGCCUCUGUUUCUUAUAUCCAGGAGCAGGCU